AUGACGUGGGUUAGGAGACUGGGGUUAAGGUUAGGAAAAUGGCUAGGGUUAGGUUUAGAGAAAACGCUCUCCAGCCGACCCACACAUUUCCGGUUUACUACCGGUAUACGUCAUUUACAUGUGGUCUCCUUACAUUUUUCUUCAUUUGAGCUCCUGCCCCAGGAGUGUGCAGUCAUGGUAAACGUACCGAAGACCCGCAGGACUUACUGCAAGAAAUGUAAAAAACAUCAAACUCACAAAGUUACCCAGUACAAGAAGGGCAAGGAUUCUCUGUAUGCACAGGGCAAAAGGAGAUACGACCGAAAGCAAUCUGGUUAUGGUGGCCAGACAAAGCCUAUUUUCAGGAAGAAGGCUAAAACUACAAAGAAGAUUGUGUUGAGGCUGGAGUGUGUGGAGCCCAACUGUCGGCAAAAGAGAAUGGUACCCAUCAAGCGAUGCAAACACUUUGAACUGGGAGGAGACAAGAAGAGGAAGGGCCAGGUCAUCCAGUUUUAAACAGUUUCUCUUUUCUUGGGCCGCUUUUAUCAAUAAAAUCUAUAUUCUAACUGUA